CGGUCGGCGGGAAGGAGCCGGGGCGGCGGGGCGGUGCGCGGCACUCUGCCGGCGGCUCCCGCGGGGCGAGGCGGGCUGGGGGCGGCAGCUCCGCGCCUCGUCCCUCUCCCUCCUCAUCCUCCUCCGCGCCGCUCUGCUCUGAUCGGGUGAAGCUGAGACCGUAGAGGGGUGCUGCGCCUGCUCCCAGACCGGUGACGGGAAGGACUGACAGAGCCCAAGCGCCCACAGUCCCGGUGUUCAAGAUGUCAUUGAAGGUGCAGACGAGCAACAUCACAAACAAGAAUGACCCCAAGUCCAUCAACUCCAGAGUCUUCAUUGGCAACCUCAACACAGCUGUGGUCAAGAAGUCCGACGUGGAGACCAUUUUCUCCAAGUACGGCCGAGUGGUGGGAUGUUCCGUUCACAAGGGCUAUGCCUUCGUACAGUACUCCAACGAGAGGCACGCGCGAGCCGCUGUCCUGGGCGAGAACGGGCGUGUGCUUGCUGGCCAGACGCUGGAUAUCAACAUGGCCGGGGAACCUAAACCCAACAGACCUAAAGGCCUGAAGAGAGCAGCCUCCGCGUUGUACAGUGGCUACGACUUCGACUAUGACUAUUACAGAGAUGACUUCUACGACAGGCUCUUCGAGUACCGGGGCCGGGUCUCCCCGGUGCCCAGGGUGGUUCCCGUGAAGCGGCCGCGGGUCACCAUCCCCCUCGUCCGGCGGGUGAAGGCGACGCUCCCUGUCAAGCUCUUCGCCAGAUCGGCUGCCAUCGCCAACAGCUCGGCCAAGUUGAAGCUGAAGUGCAGCGAGCUGCAAACAAUCAAAACUGAGCUGACGCAGAUCAAAUCCAACAUUGAUGCCCUCCUGGGCCGGCUGGAGCAGAUCACUGAGGAGCAGAAGGUGUCCACAGCCCCUGAUGCCGGUGGCUUGGCUCUUGCCCUCACAGAGGUACGGAAGAAGGCGGAUGGCAGCAAAAGCGAAAUCUCGCAGGAAGACACGGCGUCAGAGGCAGAGGUCAACACGGAGGAGCCGCUGAACGGGGAUGAGGGUGAGGAAGAGGGUCUCGCACGGGACGAGUGUGAAGAUGAACUGGAGAACAGCCAUUACACAGAUGUGGAGGAUGCCAGACUACAGUAACCAGCCCCUUCAGAACAGCAGUGAGCAAGAGUGUGAGGAAAGCACGAGGCUAAACCCUGUCCUGGCACGUUGAGCAAGACAAGCUGAAUCGAAGUGCUGCUGUCAUCUCUACCUGGCAUUCAAAAGGAGAAACACGGCCCGACAUCUUCCAUCCAUCUGUAAAGCAAAGACAAAGACAAACUCAUCAUCCCAGUGAAUCCCCACUACCCCGUGCAAUGGAUCCGGAGCUCUGCAGCCAGCAGAGGCAGGAACCGACCCCUGCAGGGUCCGUACCCAUCACUGACUGGAGAACGGGAGAGCAGUUGUGUCACCCAAAAAGUCAGAGAUGUUAUAGAACUUUCUGUAGGAGAGGAGGGAGAAUUAAGCCUAACCCAAUAAAGACGUUUUUUCCCGUGCUGGGUGAGAGCCAGAGCAUUUGCUGACUGGGGGAAAAGUACUGUCUCAGUUUGGACAAUUUGUGUUCUCACGCUAAAGGUCACGUUGAGGAAGCGGGUGUGGGGUGACCUGUCCUCCCAGAGUGGUCACCUCCUGUCGUGUCUCUUUUGCCCCAUGAGCUGCCGCGGGUACACGGUCUCGUCCCGUUGGAGAGGAGUCGGUGUUGGAGCAUUGCUGUGCUCUUUGCAGCUGCUUGAGGAGAGGGGAAGGGGAAAGGAGCUGCCUGCAGGAAAGAAGUGAUCCCAAGCAGGAGAAACAAAGCAUCCGUCAUCUUCAAUGGUUCGGUCUCCUCGUUCUCCACUGGGAAACCACGACGUAAAGGCUGAGCCCAUCUCUGCCAAGUGAGGGGGUGCGAGCAUGUGUGGAUGAGACCCUUUUCUUGGACCAGCUGCUCCCUAGAAGGGAUGUCAUCCAGCCGCUUCUCCAGCCCAGCGCCAGAGACAUCAGCCCCUUCCCCAGGGUGCUCACAUCUCCUCUUUGCCCCAGCCUUGCUGGGUCUUCCCACCAACCUGGCACACCAGGAGAGCGGAGCGGCAGCUCCUGCUCCUGACUGCGAAGGCUGCGCUCUGUCACCAGCCUGACGACAGUUUGCUUGAGCGUAACGAGACUGGUUAACGGUGAAUCCCCCCAAGCACGAUGCAUGUGGGCGUGCAAGCACCUCCCCUGCCUACCCAAAUUCGAGCUGCUUUUGACCCACGCCGCGUCCUGCCAGCGGAGGCUGCAGCAGGCAGCUUGUCGUGGGAACCCCCUUACACCGCAGCACCCGAGAGGUCUCUCAGCCUUUCUCUUCUUGUUCGUUCCUCCUUCCUGGGCUUGUCCUGUUCUUCUGAGUUCAGAAGGGACAGAAUCUCAUGCAGCACUUUAUUCAGAGCAGAUGUGUCCUGCCCGUCUCCACCGUUCCCCUCCAAAACACACAAACACAUAUCAGCGCUUUGAACACAGACCGGUGUCUACAGCUUCUCCUUGGUCAAAACCUCCCAGAAAAUGUGUGGCACCCCCCACCCAGGUCGUACGGAGUGCUCUGAAAGGGGACUCCUGCUCUCUGCUUCAGCGCUCAGAGCCAGACCUCAUCCACAGCAUCUCUCUUUGAAGGGCGAAGGGGAAAACAGGUCCCAGGGGGCCACGCUUCCCUCCCCCGAGGGCCAGCCCGGAGCAAGCAUGGCUCUUGAAGCACAACGUUUUAUUUGCGUUUCUUAGUUUCAAAUAAUUCGUGAGGGAUUAAAGGGACAACUGUGCUUUCCCCUACCUUUUUCCGGUUCCUGUACAAUUUAUCCAUUGCGUUGUACUGAGCCGUUGUAGAGCUGUUUUCUAGGCUUUGAGAGACGAGCUGCAGUUUUUGCUAUGAACUGACUGUGAUGCUGAUGUUUGGGAGAAAGGUGACCUUGUACAUACAAUCCUGUAUAAUAAAAUAAAGAAAUCUAA